CGACCAAUAAACAAAAUGAUGUGUUGUAACAGUUGUGUUAUAUCAGAUGAUGAUGAUGAUGAUGUUGACUCUUUACAGACAAAAGCACAGGACAUUCCACACAAAACAGGUGAAACAAAGGAAGUAACCACCUCGCAAGACGUCAGAGCGACGAUUCCCACAGAGGAACAUAAAAAUAGUUCAGAGACUACCCCAAAAGAGAAAGUAAAAGUAGAUUCCUCACAGGAAGUUGGUCUUGAAGAGGUCCAGCUUCAGAAGAAAGUUUCAUCUCUGCAGACUAUACCUGAAAAGCUUGAAAAGGUACCAGUUAAGGAACAGGAAGUGCAGACGACAGAGAAAGUAUUUGGAAUCAUGUCUGCGUCUGAAUUACAGUCGGCUGUCAACAGACUUGAGGCAGUCGCUAGUCGUCUGGAGACCCUGGCCCAGAAAUCUACCUCCGCAGGGUCAAGCAAAUCCUCCUCUGGGGGAGGAGAAUCAGAAGUUGUUACACCAAGUGUGACUGCAUUUGAUGAGAUCGUGAACAGCAGUGUCGGCAAGUUUGUAGACCUAAGCAACAAAAUCCAGGGGGAUGUUCAGACAGUGGGUGCCAUGGUACAAAGGGGAUUCAACAACCUACGUCAGUAUAUCUAUGUAGCCUCCAGGAGCAAACAGCCAAGUGAGGCUGUCAUGGAAAAGUUAUUUGAUCCAGUCAAAAAAGUGAUUGAAGAGGCCAUGACAUUCAAAGAUAACAACCGCCCCAGCAAACAGUUCAAUCACUUGUCAGCCAUAGCUGAGUCACUGCCUGCCCUUUGCUGGGUCCGAGUGGCCCCCACCCCCGGUCCAUAUGUCAAAGAUAUGCAAGAUGCUGGGAUGUUCUACACCAACCGGGUUCUGAAAGAAUACAAGGAUAAAGACCAGACCCACGUGGAUUGGGUUAAGACCUGGAACGACACGCUGAGUAAAACCAUCGCUUACAUCAAGGAGUUCCACACCACCGGUCUGUCCUGGAACCCACAGGGAGGCGAGGCCAGCGCAGUGAGUGGUUCUACUGGAGGGGCACCUGUUCCCCCACCCCCCGGCCCCCCUCCACCCCCUCCCCCUCCUGCCUUUGCUGCCCCUCCACCCUCCUCUGGACCCUCUGAGGAUGAUGCCAGAGCAGCACUGAUGGAUGCCCUAAAUAAGGGGACAGAUAUUACCUCAGGCUUGCGACACGUUUCCGAUGCCAAGAAGACCCAUAAGAACCCGAACCUUCGGCGCACCAGUCAAGAUAACGCUGAUGGACUGAAGAAGGUCACAGAUGAUAUGAAGACUCAUAAAAACCCAACAUUACGUCAAGGCCCUAAACCCUUCAAAGCCGCUGCCCCACAGACAGCCCCCAAGCCUGGCAAGCCGGCAGUGCAGGCCCCUGCAGCUGCCGCCAAGAAACCGCCAGUGUUUGAACUCCAGGACAAACGUUGGGCCAUUGAAUAUCAAGAGGGUAACAAGAACAUUGAGGUAGCAGAUACCAAUCUCAAGCAGACCGUGUAUGCAUUCAAGUGCAACAACUGUGUCAUCAAAGUCAAGAACAAGCUCAACUCUAUCACACUGGAUAGCUGCAAGAAAACUGCUAUUGUCUUUGAUGACGUCGUUUCCUCACUAGAGUUCAUCAACUGCCAAAGUGUUCAAGGACAGGUGAUGGGUAAAGUUCCGACCAUCAGCAUUGACAAGACAGAUGGUUGCCUCAUCUACCUUAGCAAGGACUCCCUCGAUACAGAAAUAGUCACCGCUAAGUCCUCAGAGAUGAAUGUCCUUGUUCCUAAGGAUGACGGGGACUUUACUGAAUUCGCCUUGCCAGAACAAUUUAAAACAACCUGGGAUGGCUCCAAAUUUAAUACUGUUCAGACUGAUAUAGCGUAAGCCAUUAGAAGCUGCAGUAAAGGGAAGGGGUUCUUGCACCAUUCCGUCACAUCAUGGACCAUGCUUUACAUAACGCCGAUAUUGUUUUGUGCGAUUCUGAACAGCUAGUAUUUAGUUAAAUCAAUGUAAAACAAGAAAUAUAUAAAAGUAGUGAAAUUACUGGUAAUACCAGUAUGCAAGUCUUUGAUUAUGCAAUGAUUGUUCAAGAAAUGCAGUAUUUUAUUUUUCAUUGUUAUUAAGGGUAUCUAAAUCUUUAAUUUGUGUACGAACACGUAAUUUUUAUUUCAAGUUACAUUAAAAUGCAUGGCAUUUAAAAUGUAACUUGUGUUGAACAUAUGUUUUGAUUUAAAUUUAAUUCUAACACAUUAUCUGUUAUUAAUAUGUUACAUUUUAAGAUGGAUUCAAACUAUCAAAUCUUCACAAAAAUCUAUUAACACAUUAUUUAUGAUGUCAAAUCUUAGGAAAAUGCUUGUAUCGUUAAAGUGAAAUUCUGUGUUGAAGUUGUUAGCAAUGGAAUAAUUGCUUAGUCCUAUAAAGUCUGAAAAAAAUUGUUCAUCCAUUUUGUUAGAGUAUUUCAAGGACUUAAAUAUUCUUUGCAAUACCAAACCAUAUUACAUGUAUUGGCGAAUGAUUGUAUAUCUAGAUCAAGUUUAAGAAUGAAUUUAUCAAUGCGUAGGAUGCAUUUACAGAAAUAUGGAAUACCGGUAGGUUACAGUGUGUUAUUGAGGAGGAAAUUGAACAAAAUGGUGCUAUGAAAGUGGAUAUUAUAUCAUAGAAUUUUGUCUCUUUUGUUUUUCCUUUGGUAUGUUUUUAGCAGGCUACAAACAUUUUUAUUUGUUUGACAUAUCUUCCAUUACAGUGUAUAAUGAACAACACACCAAUUCCAUGUAUCUGUUCAAUUAAGUCUCUGUUUAGAACUUUUAUAUUAUUAUUUCUUUUUCUUUUGUCUUGUGUAAGCUUUUUCUAAAUUCACUAUCACUAAUAAAGAUAUCAGUAUUCAAA